AUGAUCAGUUAUUCUUAUCCGAUUAAUUUUACUCUAUUCGUUGUGGUGAAUCGUUUGCUUCUUGUGUACUCUUUGGGUUUGGGUUUGGGUUUGGGUUUGGGUUUGGGUUUGGGUUUGGGUUUGGGUUUGGGUUUGGGUUUGGGUUUGGGUUUGGGUUUGGGUUUGGGUUUGGGUUUGGGUUUGGGUUUGGGUUUGGGUUUGGGUUUGGGUUUGGGUUUGGGUUUGGGUUUGGGUUUGGGUUUGGGUUUGGGUUUGGGUUUGGGUUUGGGUUUGGGUUUGGGUUUGGGUUUGGGUUUGGGUUUGGGUUUGGGUUUGGGUUUGGGUUUGGGUUUGGGUUUGGGUUUGGGUUUGGGUUUGGGUUUGGGUUUGGGUUUGGGUUUGGGUUUGGGUUUGGGUUUGGGUUUGGGUUUGGGUUUGGGUUUGGGUUUGGGUUUGGGUUUGGGUUUGGGUUUGGGUUUGGGUUUGGGUUUGGGUUUGGGUUUGGGUUUGGGUUUGGGUUUGGGUUUGGGUUUGGGUUUGGGUUUGGGUUUGGGUUUGGGUUUGGGUUUGGGUUUGGGUUUGGGUUUGGGUUUGGGUUUGGGUUUGGGUUUGGGUUUGGGUUUGGGUUUGGGUUUGGGUUUGGGUUUGGGUUUGGGUUUGGGUUUGGGUUUGGGUUUGGGUUUGGGUUUGGGUUUGGGUUUGGGUUUGGGUUUGGGUUUGGGUUUGGGUUUGGGUUUGGGUUUGGGUUUGGGUUUGGGUUUGGGUUUGGGUUUGGGUUUGGGUUUGGGUUUGGGUUUGGGUUUGGGUUUGGGUUUGGGUUUGGGUUUGGGUUUGGGUUUGGGUUUGGGUUUGGGUUUGGGUUUGGGUUUGGGUUUGGGUUUGGGUUUGGGUUUGGGUUUGGGUUUGGGUUUGGGUUUGGGUUUGGGUUUGGGUUUGGGUUUGGGUUUGGGUUUGGGUUUGGGUUUGGGUUUGGGUUUGGGUUUGGGUUUGGGUUUGGGUUUGGGUUUGGGUUUGGGUUUGGGUUUGGGUUUGGGUUUGGGUUUGGGUUUGGGUUUGGGUUUGGGUUUGGGUUUGGGUUUGGGUUUGGGUUUGGGUUUGGGUUUGGGUUUGGGUUUGGGUUUGGGUUUGGGUUUGGGUUUGGGUUUGGGUUUGGGUUUGGGUUUGGGUUUGGGUUUGGGUUUGGGUUUGGGUUUGGGUUUGGGUUUGGGUUUGGGUUUGGGUUUGGGUUUGGGUUUGGGUUUGGGUUUGGGUUUGGGUUUGGGUUUGGGUUUGGGUUUGGGUUUGGGUUUGGGUUUGGGUUUGGGUUUGGGUUUGGGUUUGGGUUUGGGUUUGGGUUUGGGUUUGGGUUUGGGUUUGGGUUUGGGUUUGGGUUUGGGUUUGGGUUUGGGUUUGGGUUUGGGUUUGGGUUUGGGUUUGGGUUUUGGGUUUGGGUUUGGGUUUGGGUUUGGGUUUGGGUUUGGGUUUGGGUUUGGGUUUUGGGUUUGGGUUUGGGUUUGGGUUUGGGUUUGGGUUUGGGUUUGGGUUUGGGUUUGGGUUUGGGUUUGGGUUUGGGUUUUGGGUUUGGGUUUUGGGUUUGGGUUUGGGUUUGGGUUUGGGUUUUGGGUUUGGGUUUGGGUUUGGAGUUUGGGUUUGGGUUUGGGUUUGGGUUUGGGUUUUGGGUUUGGGUUUGGUUUGGGUUUGGGUUUGGGUUUGGAGCAAU